AUGCACUACAGCGAUCAGAAGAUGAGAUAUUACGCAAAAACAACCCCUACUAGAUGUUCUUGCUCAUAUCAUUUUCGCUCCGUCUUUCAUUUGCUGCCUCACUGUGUCUUUUUCAGUCUCACUAUCUCUGUGCCUCUUUGUGGCUCCCUAUCUCUGUGCCUCUUUGUGGCUCCCUAUCUCUGUGCCUCUUUGUGGCUCCCUAUCUCUGUGCCUCUUUGUGGCUCCCUAUCUCUGACUUUGCUUGACAUAGUGACUUUGUUUGUCUUUCCUUUGCACUUUGUCUGUAUCUGUUUAUGUCUAUCGGUCUUACUGACAUUUUUUAUCUCAGUGUCUGGGUCUUACAGUCUUCAUCUCUCUCAUAUUCUGUUUAUCUCUCUCUCUCUCAUAUUCUGUUUAUCUCUCUCUCUCUCAUAUUCUGUUUAUCUCUCUCUCACUUCACUCUCUCUCUUCACUCUCUCUCACUUCACUCUCUCUCUUCACUCUCUCUCUCUUCACUCUCUCUCUUCACUCUCUCUCACUUCACUCUCUCUCUCCUAUUUUCAUUCCCUCUCUCUCUCUCUCCUAUUUUCAUUCUCUCUGUCUCCUAUUCUCAUUGUGUCUCUCUCCUAUUCUCUCUCUCUCUCUCUCCUAUUCUCAUUGUGUCUCUCUCCUAUUUGCAUUCUGUCUGUCUGUCUGUCUCUCCUAUUCGCAUUCUGUCUGUCUGUCUGUCUCUCCUAUUUGCAUUCUGUCUGUCUGUCUGUCUCUCCUAUUCGCAUUCUGUCUGUCUGUCUGUCUCUCCUAUUCGCAUUCUGUCUGUCUGUCUGUCUCUCCUAUUCGCAUUCUGUCUGUCUGUCUCUCCUAUUCGCAUUCUGUCUGUCUGUCUCUCCUAUUCGCAUUCUGUCUGUCUGUCUGUCUCUCCUAUUCGCAUUCUGUCUGUCUGUCUCCUAUUUCAUUCUGUCUGUCUGUCUCUCCUAUUUGCAUUCUGUCUGUCUGUCCUAUUCGCAUUCUGUCUGUCUUGCAUCCUGUCUGUCUGUCUGUCUCUCUAUUCGCAUUCUGUCUGUCUGUCUCUCCUAUUCGCAUUCUGUCUGUGUCUCUCCCUAUUUGCAUUCUGUCUGUCUGUCUGUCUCUCCUAUUCGCAUUCUGUCUGUCUGUCUCCAUCUGCAUUCUAUUUGCAUUCUGUCUGUCUGUCUGUCUCUUUCCUAUUUGCAUUCUGUCUGUCUGUCUGUCUCUCCUAUUCGCAUUCUGUCUGUCUGUCUCUCCUAUUCGCAUUCUGUCUGUCUGUCUCUCCUAUUUGCAUUCUGUCUGUCUGUCUGUCUCUCCUAUUUGCAUUCUGUCUGUCUGUCUCUCUAUUCGCAUUCUGUCUGUCUGUCUGUCUCUCCUAUUCGCAUUCUGUCUGUCUGUCUGUCUCUCCUAUUCGCAUUCUGUCUGUCUGUCUGUCUCUCCUAUUCGCAUUCUGUCUGUCUGUCUGUCUCUCCUAUUCGCAUUCUGUCUGUCUGUCUGUCUCUCCUAUUCGCAUUCUGUCUCUCCUAUUGGCAUUCUGUCUCUUACUAUUGCUCUCUCUCUCUCUCUCUCGCUUUACCCUUUUUUCUCUUUCUGCAUAUAUUUUAUUUGGUUAAAAUAUAUAAAAUUACUUUCUCAAAGUAA